UAAAAUAGCACAGCCCUCUCACUGCGUGUUUUCAUCUCGACUCGAUCAUUAGAACAUCUUGAUGCGCGGCGCGAGUUUUAGUAUAAUCAAGAAAAUAUUAAGAAAAUUGUUCGAAUAAUUUGAAAGAAAAUUUUGGUGAAAAGUUUUUUUCAAUUUUUCUUUCGUGUGAUUUGUGAUUUGGUGAUGACGAUUGGUUAUAAACACAAUCGAAGACAAUAUUGAAAUUUGUAAUAAAAAUAUUUUCGUUAGAACUAUACUAUACGAGUUUAUGAGUGCACGGCUGUACGGAUAUCGGUGUGUUUUGUGAUAAAAUCUAAACAGAAUUCUGUGUUUAAAUUCAAUUUUUAAAUCAGAAAAACCAAUUCUAAUCCAUACUGUUCAGGUGUUAUGUAAUCAUACAAUGUUGUUAAAUCAAAUUGAAUUCUGCUUUUGUGGAUAAAAACGAACUCAAGCCAAUGUGUUGCUUGAACAAGAGCCACAUUAUACAUCGCAAAAUAAUAAAUCAUAGAACUUUAGAUUGAACAAACAAUGUGAGUGCAAGUUUCUGACCUCAACACGAAAUUAAAUUAAACUAAAAGCCGUGCCAAUAAAAACAGUGAACAAGUAUGAACAAACUAAAAACUUUUAAGUACAAAACGUCCGGCAACAAUGAUGGUGGCAUUUUCAAUAAACUAUCGAAACGAUAUUCGACCGUAAACUUUUUACGAUCGAAACCGGGCCGAAAAUCAUCACCGCAACCCAUCUCAACCGGCAGCUAUGAUAUGACCGGAAAUGAGUCGGAAGACCUGAAGCGGGAAAUCGGUGCACCGAUUCUCAUUUCGAAGACAACCAUCGAUUCGGAUACAGCAACGGAUUGUGUGCGAUCAAUUGAUUCGCCGAUCGAAGAAAAUUCCAAAGAUAGUUCGGAGAAUGAAGUUUUUCACGACACCGUUACCAAUUUCAAUGAAAUCAAAUUUUCAUUUCUCCCCACCGAUGAAACGGAGAAUCGGUUGAGUGCGAAUAGUGAAUACGACUCGCCACGUCCACAGCCACCAAUGGUUCUUCGCAAGAACAGAUCUAAGUCAGCUACAAAUCUUCAUAAAUCGGAAAUAAAAGUGUUUUUGCAUAAAGCGCCGUCUCUGGAAAUUGAAACAAAUGCAGUCACAGAAAACAACUAUGAUUUGCCACGUAAACUGCAAUUUGUGGAUCAGCGUGAUUCGUUUGAAAAGGAACAAACACCAACUAACACAAUGGGUCCAAAUGGUGAAACAAUCAAGAACUCUGCCGAAAAUUUGUCAAUGAUUUACGUCUCAAAGAACGAUUUAAAUAGCAGAAACGGCAAUAGUACCAGCCGUGAGAGUGUUGGCUUUAACAGUUCAUGUGACGAGGAUUUCGACUUGAAGUCAGCCAGCUUUCAAAGUCUUGAAGCAAGGAAUCUGUUCCUAUCCAUCGAAGAACUGAAUGAAAUUACAAGACAAAUAAACGAAUCGGAAGAAUUCAGCCAGGAAGUUGACCUCGAAUAUUGUGAACAUCGGGACAAAUUGAAACCAGAUCAAAAACGAAUUACGCUGUUGCGGAACAGAAAUCACGAUAUGAUCGGCUUAGCGAGUAAACGGGAAAAACUAUCCAACGCAUGGUCUGGCCUGAAGCAUUGGAUAGGCGAGGAAAGAGUGAAAAUAAAAGAUGUCGUACACAAGCACGCAUCAAUGCAACGAGUCGGUGGUCCGAGCAGUUCAAACAGUAAGAUUAGCAUCGUGCGGAAUCAAGAUUUCUUCGACAAAGUGAGAAAAUCAUCGGUGGCCCAUUCAAGUCAACAAAAGAGAGCGUCGAAUUUGGAAGAGUCUCCGCCAUCGUCUCCACUCUCAAAGCCACACGGCAACAAACAAUGGGAUGGCGAAGGAACAGACAUCGAAUCGGAUGAAUUGUCGUUGAACAGUGAAAAGUUCAAAAAUGGUGAGGCGAACAAUUUAGAGAGACAUUCAUCGAAAACACGGUCACGAAUCUUCGGAUCCGAGGACAAAGAUAGUUUGCCGUCAUUUCUUCAAUCAAUCGUUACCAAAAAGAAUGGCAAGGCCGACGAUUCACCUGAGGGGCAAAAUGGAUUCGAAGAACUGCGGAGGUAUCUUAAGCAAGGCGGCGAUUUCGGCAAAGAUUUGGUGGCAAUUCUCCAAGAACGAGUGGAUUCCGAACAAUUGUACUCAAAAUCACUAUCGAAAAUGGCAUCAAAACUUAGCAAAGCGUGUCGAGAGAUACCUGGCAGCUUAGCCGAUGCAUGGCGCGGUGUUGCAACCGAAAUGGAAAGUCGUAGUGAGGUGCAUCGUCAAUUUUCCAAUUCGAUGGUUGAGGAAAUUGUGAAACCAUUGAAAGUAAUACUGGACAAUCACCAUAAGACACGAAAAUCGAUCGAAAGUACCGUUGAUAAAUCAGCAAGAAUUUUAUCCGAGUGGAGAACAAGUGAAGCCAAAGCGAAAAAAUCGUCACAUGCUGCAGCACGUGAGAAUGAGAAAUUACAAGAUGCCAUGCUGGAUGUUAGAAUACAACGAUCACCAUCGGUUGCCCUUCUUCAUCACAACAAUCACAAAACUCCCGAAAAGGAAAUUAAAAAUGCCGAAAAAGACUGUGCCAAGCUGGACAAUAAGCGACGAAAGGCUGAAGACUUGGUGAAGCGAGCUGAUGUUGAGUAUUACACAUUAUGCAUACGAGCCGAACGUGCGCGAGUCGAAUGGGAGAUGUCGGUGUUGCGUGGUUCGACCAUUUUACAGAACCAUGAAAAUCAACGGCUGACCUGUCUCAAAAACUAUGUGGCUGACUACUUAAAGUUCUCCAAUAUAAUGAAUCCGAGUCUGAAUCAAAUUGUCGACCGAUUGGCACCGGUGGUGCAUGCAUGCAAUGUGCAAAAAGAUCUGACCGUGGUGAAAAACAUACGUCGUUCAUCCGAAGGACCAAGUGAACAAUUGUUGCCGGAUUUCUAUUGUGAGCACACCACUUUGGCUAUGAAUAGGGAAAGGCGUAAGCACGCAUUGGUCAAGCUUCUACAAUUGGUUAGAACUGACUUGGAACGAGAACGGAAAUCCCGGAACGGACUGAAAGAACUAUCGAAUACGAUGCAUACUCCAGAAAAUCAGAACAUUGCCGACAAAUUGUACCAUAUCCGUUCGAUGUUGACUUACCUGGAAGGAGCUCGUUUUAAAUUGCAAUCUGCCCUAUUUGAACUGGAUCACAAACCGAGAGGCUCACAUCCUUUGGGUCCGCAUAUACAGAUCACUAGAGAUCGAACUGGACUGCAACAAAGCAUACUAAAGGUACCAUUAUGGUUAAAGAAUGGCGACGAGGCCGAUCGAAUGAGUCAGGAACAAUUUGCUGAAAACGAUUUGGAAAUAGUAGACGGAGGAACGGAACACUGCGUGGACAGUCGUAACGAAACUCUAAUCAAGCACUUCGAUCGUAAUUUCAAUCGCAGCAAGAGCAACGUAGAUUUUAACAAUCAAAAUGUGGUUGUCACAAAUAAUCAAGAGCGAAAUGGUUCGAGUAGUCCGGUAUUCGAUCGUGGCAUAGCCGAUGGGGGUUCCAAUCAGCCUGACUCUGAUUUCGACGAAUUCUCGUCUCAAGACGAAGAUGAAGAAUUGAGCAAGAAACAAACGAUUCCUAGAAUGUUAACUACUCAGCAACCAGCUGUAAUCAGUCGCUGUAAAGCCUUGUACAAUUACACACCAAAGCUGUACGAUGAACUCGAAUUGAAUCCUGGUGAUCUGAUUGAUGUCCAUGCGAAGCAAGAGGACGGUUGGUGGUUGGGAGCACUGAAAAACAAAAUUGGCAUCUUUCCGGCCACAUAUGUUGAGGAGAUCGCAUGACAAUUUGCGUAAAGUGGAAUCCGUGUUUUGUUAUGCAAUGUUGAAAAGUUGUUAGUGUUUGAGAGCUUUUUGUUUGUUAAAACGGACGUUAAAUCGUUCGCAUCAAUUCGCACCAAAUAAUUUUUUGUGAAUGAAGUUUGAAUAUAAGCUUUUUGGAACUAAUUUAUUUUAAAUUUGUUAUUAAAAGUUUACUGAUGAGA